AUGACUGCCUCUACGGACUCCAACGGCAUCGGCAGCCCAUUAACAUUCGGCAAAAACUACGCCGUCUUGAAUCUCGAUUUUAUGAAUAUUCUAUUCGACAUUGCCAAGAGUGCCCCAGAAGGACAACAAUUUGUGUCAAACUGUACUCGCUGGGUUGACGCUGUGCAUAAGAAAGAUGCUCGACCUCUGAACAUCUUCACGACUCUAUAUUUCUCUACUCCUUCUCAGGCCGAACUCCCCGCUGGAGCCCCUUUUACCAAACUGGUAAACAAUUUCGCUCAAUUCGAUGAGCACAGUCCCAUCGUAAAGGUCCCAUCGUACCUCAAUGUUGACGAUAAAGAUAUUGUGCUUCAAAAGAUACGGUGGUAUGGAGGCGCGGGGAAUGAUUUAGAGGGCAUUCUCAAAAGGAACAACAUCGACACAGUUAUCAUUUCCGGGCUUAGUCUUUCCGGUGCUGUCAUGAGCACAAUCUAUCGACUAUUUGAUUUGGAUUACACCGUCUACGUGAUUUCCGACAACGUGUUGGAGCUGCCAGUCCCGCAUCACAAACAGUAUUCUGCUGUACUACUAGGAUCUCUCAUGAAAAAAAUGAAUUUGCCAGUCAUUACGCUGGAAGAAGCUCUGCAAGCCUUAGAACGUUCAUAA